AUGCGCUCCAAGUUCAAGGACGAGCACCCGUUCGAGAAGCGCAAGGCCGAAGCUGAGCGCAUCCGCCAGAAGUACGCUGAUCGCAUUCCUGUUAUCUGCGAGAAGGUCGAGAAGUCGGACAUUGCGACCAUCGACAAGAAGAAGUACCUCGUUCCAGCCGACCUCACCGUCGGCCAGUUCGUGUACGUGAUCCGCAAGCGCAUUAAGUUGAGCCCGGAGAAGGCCAUCUUCAUCUUCGUCGAUGAGGUCCUUCCUCCUACUGCCGCACUUAUGAGCUCGAUCUAUGAGGAGCACAAGGACGAGGAUGGAUUCCUUUACAUCACCUACUCCGGCGAGAACACCUUCGGCGAGGCCGCAUAA